CAGAAAGACAGCCAACAGUCUCUUUCAUUGUUCAUGGUUGUGUGUGUGCGUGUGUGUGUGUAUAAGUGUGUGUGCGUAACUCUCUCGGGUAGCAUAAAGACGACGUUCAGUGCGAAAAACUUGCAAUUCAUGGCAUGGAGGAGUCAGCGGGCAGCUGCAGCCCUCCACCCUUUGUCAGCGGUUCUUUCCCCCACCUCUCUUUCUAGUUUGGAUGGCAGAUUCGUGCUAAUUGGCCCGCGUGGAUCGCAGCAUCAAGAGAAAAAUAAAAAACCUUCCGCUCGCGCACUGCGCCGUUUCAGAUGCCUUCAACUUUGAGGGCGAGGGACAACCCCUGAGAGCCCCAGAUUUCAACAGGAGGAGCAGGCAGCCAGACAUCUCCGUCAGCUCCCACUUUAUGAGAAGGACACGUCUGUGGAAGGGCUGAACGGGGGAACCAUGGCAGCUACUUUAUCGGCGGAGGAGGAACAGGCCACCAGGCAGUUUCUAGAGGAAAUCAACAAGUGGACCAGUCAGCAUGGAGUGUCUCCGUUGUCCAGGGAACUGGCCGUCAAGUUUCUCAUGGCUCGCAAGUUUGACGUCCUCCGCGCCAUCGAGCUCUUCCACAAUUACCGGGAAACGCGUCUUAAAGAAGGGAUCGUCAGACUGCAGCCUCAGGAAGAGCCGCUGCGCUCCGAGCUGCUCAGUGGAAAAUUCACAGUGUUGAGUGUCCGGGACCCGACAGGAGCCUCCAUCGCUUUGUACACAGCUAAGCUUCAUCAUCCCAACAAGACAGGCAACCACGUUGUGCUCCAGGCUCUCUUCUACCUUUUGGACCGAGCCGUAGAAAGCUUUGAGACCCAGAGGAAUGGCUUGGUGUUCAUCUACGACAUGGCGGGCUCCAACUACACCAACUUCGAGCUGGACCUGAGCAAGAAGAUCCUCAACCUGCUUAAGGGGGCGUUCCCUGCCAGGCUAAAGAAGGUGUUGAUCGUGGGGGCCCCUGUGUGGUUUCGAGUCCCCUACAAUCUGCUCAGCCUGCUGCUGAAGGAGAAACUGAGGGAGAGGGUUCAGAUGGUGAAAAUGGCCGAGCUGCGUCAGCACCUCCCCAGAGACUGCCUGCCCCAGCACCUGGGCGGCCUGCUUCCACUGGACGCUUCGGGCUGGAACCAGCAGCUGCUGGCGGGUCAGAACGGCCGGGUGGACCCCGUGGACGAGCUGGUGGGAAUCCCCCUGGAGGACUCGUCCAUCCAUGUGCCGGGGUCCGAGGCCAUGCGGCCGCAGGAGCUGCUGGCGCACCUGGGCCGGCUGCAGCGCUCAGGCGUCUACCAGGAAUACGAGGAGCUGCGCAGGGAGGCGCCUCCCGGAACCUUCCACUGCUCACAGUCGGCCUACAAUCAGGAGAAGAAUCGCUAUGGCGAUGUGCUGUGCCUUGACCAAACGAGAGUUCGUCUAAAGCCCCGCAGAAACGAGAGAUCGGAUUACAUCAACGCAAGCUUCAUGGAUGGCUAUAAACAGAAGAAUGCGUACAUUGGUACUCAAGGACCACUGGACAGGACCUACGGGGAUUUCUGGAGAAUGGUCUGGGAUCAAAACGUGCUUCUGAUUGUCAUGACAACAAGGACGGACGAGGGCAGUCGGAGGAAGUGUGGACAGUACUGGCCCCUGGAGGAAGGCGGGCAGGAGGUCUACGGCCACAUAGCAGUGGUGAACCAGAGGGUGGACCACCACACCCACUACAACCACACCACUCUGGAGCUGCACAACACGGAGACGUGUGAGCAGAGACAUGUGAGUCACUUCCAGUACCUCAGCUGGCCAGACUACGGCGUGCCUACGUCAGCGGUGACUCUCAUCGACUUCCUGGGAGCUGUGAAGAGGCAACAAAGGAAAAUGGUGAAGGCUUUGGGGCCUCAGUGGACCGGCCACUCACUGGGACCGCCGAUGGUGGUCCACUGCAGUGCAGGGAUUGGGAGAACAGGUACCUUCUGCGCCCUGGACAUCUGUCUGUCCCAGCUCCAGGACGUGGGCUCCCUCAACGUGUUUCAGACGGUGCGUCGCAUGAGAACGCAGCGGGCCUUCAGCAUUCAGACACCGGAGCAGUACUACUUCUGCUACAACGCUAUAUUGGAACAUGCCCAGAGACAGGGCCUGCUCCCGUCUAAUCAGUAAGGCCCCCGAACGACGACAAGGACGAGCCACGACUUUUCUGCUGUCAGCCUGCUGAUCCCGCAGCCAGGCUGGGUGAUCGGCCGACCAGAGGAAGUAAAGUCAACUCCCGACCGAAGACAAGCUUUCUGACACGUCGCCAUAAGCCGCUGGCAAACCAAGUAAACGCAUUAAAGAUUAAAAGCUUUGAUUGCUGAUGA